CUUUCUUUUAUAUCAUUUAGGAGGAAGUGAUUGCAUUUUGAUAUAAUGUAAAAGACUUACUCAAGUGUUUAUCUUGUGUUGUUGUCUACCAAAGAAACAUGUUUAAAUCACAUGCAAACAAGAGUAAAGGAAAAAAGAAAAAAUGUGACACAGGAAAAGGAACUUUGAGGAAUAAAAAUGUAUUUUCUGAAUCGUGUGCAAUACAUCCCCAAAGAACCUUAGACUUAUUUUGUUCAAAAUGUGACAAACUUUACUGCAGAGAUUGUAGAGAGACCGGCUCUCAUGAAUGUCAUAAAUACCAUAAACUUCAAUACAUACAUGACGUCGCUUAUGAUUUUGAAAAUUCGGAGGAAUUUAAAGAAUAUGACACAAAUAUUGUAGCUCUCAGAAAAAAGAUAGAGAGGUCAAUUGAAAAAACUACGGAAAAUAUGAAAUUGUCAAAACAGUUACAAGAGGAAGCAGAAACCAGAAUCAAACAACAAAAAGAAACUUUAACUGAGUUAAUAGAAACUCAUUAUCGCAAGAUUUCGAAAAGAAAUAAGGACAUGAAUGAGGACUGUCUAACUAAACUGACAGAAAUUCUUGAACAAAAUAAAGGACUCAAGGCGCAAUUUGAAGACAUCGAAAACGAAAUGAAUGAAAAGAAGAAUCAUAAAAUGACAACAUUGUUCAUCGCGAUACAGAAAUCAAAGGAGGAGGUAAUAAAGACUGAAGAGGAAAUAAAAAGGCUUAACCAACGGAAUAAUGUAACCAGGUAUGUUUUCGAGGCUGGAGAGCAGGCACUUACUUUCAUGAAGAACAUGGAAGAUUUUGGAGAUCUUGUGGAGGAAAGUCUUAAUUCCGGAGAAAAGGACAAUACAUUUACUACUGUUGGCCCACUUGACAUCACAUUGGACGAUAAUCGCAGGAGAGAAAAUACAACACCACAGUUAAGAAUGACGUUGUUGAAGCCGAUAUCAAGACACCAGUCUUUACUAGUGCUACCCAGUCAACUCAAAUCAGCAAAGCUACACGAGGAAAGAGUUUAUUCGCAACCACAAUUCGCUGACUCAGCAGUUAGUAUGUCGAGUCUACAGCAGUUGUCAAAAGACAGUAAAGAAUCUUUAAACUCUUCUAGUGGUUCCAGCGAAGCAGUGCCAAAAGACAUACCAG